AUGUUUCCCAGAACAUUUGUCCAAUUUGUCCUCCUUGCGAUUGCACCUCUGGCCCUCUCCAGCCCAAUCGAGCUCGAGGGACGGGACACAGCCGCUACAAACAUCAAAUGCACUGAUAAGGCAGCGAAUAUCGAUGAGCAUAACAAGAACGUAGCCCUUCUUCAGAUCUGCGGUGGCAUUGCUGGCUCAAUCCAAAAAUGCGGCGGCAGCCCGACCAGCACUACAGGGCAGUCUGGUGACGCUAAAUUCACGCUCACACCUACCGAUAGCGGUGCCACAAUCAACAUUUCCAAGGGCAGAUGGGAACAGUGUAUCAAGUCGGCCGAGGCGACGUGUACGAAUGGAUCGGCCUACACAGCGACUUGCCCUGGCGGUGCGUCGACGGGAGAUAUCAACUUCGAGUUGACCAAACAAUAA